CAAAAAUUUACCCCCGGGAAACGGGAAAAGUUAAACGUAACCACUGCAUCCGUGACAGUUGGGGACGGAUCAUAGUGAUGAUGGACAUAUGAUAAGGUGCAAAAUGCCAAUCCCCAGAAGAAAAGGCAUGGGUUGGGAGGCUCUGUUUUGGACAGAUGAAUCAACUACUGAUCCCAUGGUCGACAAUAAUGUAUUGAUUCAGAGGAAAAUUGACGUCCAGGAUUCAAUUCAAUGGCAGGCGCAGUGCAAUGUAACUUGCCUAGCAAAUGGCACUGUAUAUGGAAGAGAUACAUGUAUAUGAUUGCAAGGUUAACAGGGUGGAUAUGAUAUAUCGUGCCUUCGAAUUUGCACAAUUUGAGUAUUAAUAGUUGAUUAAAAUAUAAUGCAUUCUUAAACAUUGUGAGUUAGGUGUCGUUUGAUAGUUGUGUUUAUUGAAUACAUGUAUUGUUGAGUAUUAAUAGUUGAUUAAAAUAUAAUGCAUUCUUAAACAUUGUGAGUUAGGUGUCGUUUGAUAGUUGUGUUUAUUGAAUACAUGUAUUGUGCACAAUACAAUGUUUGGAAGUGUCAAAUUGUCAAACAAUGCAUGUAUUGUUUUAGGUAGGCCCCACCAACAAUCACAAAAAAUGAUGUAUUAUACAACCUCAACUAAAAGUUUGUGAUUGUUGAUUUUAGAUUUGUGUCCAAUUUUUCUUUCCAUUUAUAUCCCUAUUAGUUUUUGUCUUAUACUAAAAGUUGAGGAUAAAUGUGACAUUUCCCUAUAAAGUAACUUUAUGCAAGUCAAUACAUAAAGUAGAAUCUCAACAACAAAACAAUGUAUUAUUAAAAUGCAUACAUUGUACCAAUACAUGUAUUUAUUUUGUUGCGAUUCAUUACAAUGCAACGAUUUAACAUUCGCAACUUCCAAACGACCCCUUAGUUUUCAUUUGGAAGAGAGUGUGUUAGAGAGUGAUAUAAUAUCUAUAACUAAUUUUCUCCCAACAUCUCGAGUUAUUGAGAGUGAGACUAAAUUAUUUUUAAUUUGCAACAAAAAUAUUUAUAUUACCAUUCCAAUAGAGUUACGUCAAACUACUAAUCUGUACAUAUUACUAUGCUUAAGCAUAAAUUGAUAAAUUAUUAUUUAAUAUGACAGCAGCCUUAAAAAUUUUCGUUAAUCGUUAUCUUAAAAUUCGAACCCAAAAUAUAGCGGAUGUUUUCACUCUCAAAAUAAACACCAUUUUAAUGUUAACCUAAAAAUUUUAUAUUUCCACGCCUAACUGUAAUCUUGCAGAAGAUAUCUCCUCUCCUUUAUUAUACAUAAAACAACAAAACAAGAAAGCACUCUACACUAUAUGACAACUAGGGGUGACUAUAAUGUCCGAUUCGGUUAAAUUGGAUCAAAUUGAUCCGGUCCCAAUUCGGUCUUUUCGGGAAUAUAAGGACAAAAUAUUGGAUUGGAUACACUCCGGUCUUCAUCCGGUUCGGUCCUAAUUUUAUCUUGAUUUUAGGUGUUGGUGGUCUCUUAUCCGGUCUUUAUCCGGAUUUUUUACCUCAAAUCUAAGCCCGAAUAUGAGAUUGGAUUGUUUGCUAUCCGGUCCCAGUCCGAUCCCGGUCCGAUUUCGGGUAAAACCAAACAGUCCUGGAUCAAAUUGCCAGCCCUAAUGACAACACCUCCCCCUCCUAUUUAUAGUUCAAACUUCCGUAUAACAAAACACACACCAAACUAGCUAGCUAACACACUACUCCAUCCAUCAUCACAAAUGGCGGUACCACUCCUCCUCCCAGUCCUCCUCCUCCUCCCCAUCCUCCUCGUACUCCUCCGCCACCUUCGCCGGAAAUCCUCCGGCCUCCCGCCCCCGCCAGGGCCCAAGGGCCUUCCCCUCAUCGGCAACAUGCACCAGCUUGACCACUCCAACAUCGGCAAGUACCUCUGGAACCUCUCCAAGCAGUACGGCCCCAUCAUGUCCCUCCGCAUCGGCCUCAAGCCGCUCCUCGUCGUCUCCUCCGCCAAGACCGCCGAGCUCGUCCUCAGGUCCCAGGACCUCGACUUCUGCGGCCGCGCGUCGCAGGCCGGCCAGCAGAAGCUCUCCUACAACGGCCUGGACCUCGCCUUCGCCCCCUACACCGCCUACUGGCGCGAGAUGCGCAAGAUCUGCGUCGUCUACCUCUUCAACUCCAACCGCGUCAACAGCUUCCGCCACAUCCGUGAGGACGAGGUCUCCCAGAUGAUCGACACCAUCGCCGCCGCGGCUGGCGGUGGGGCAGUCGACCUGACUGCCGCCAUGAUGGGCCUUACUAGCACCAUCAUUUGUAGAAUUGCAUUUGGGAAGAAGCUGGAGGGGAAGGAGAAGAGAAUGUUUCACAAGCUGUUCAACGAGACGCAGUUUGUGUUCGGGAGUUUCUUCCUGUCGGACUACUUACCCUACAUGGGCUGGGCCGACAAGCUAACGGGCUUGACGGCCCGACUCGACAAGAACUUCAGAGAGUUCGAUACGUUCUAUCAGGAAAUCAUCGAGCGACAUCUCGACCCGAAUCGAACCGCUCCUCAGAACGAGAACAUCUUGGACGUCCUGCUCGGACUUUACAAGGACCGCUCCUUCAAGGUCAAACUCGAAUUCGAGCACAUUAAAGCCGUCCUCAUGAAUGUGUUUGUGGGAGGAACCGACACGAGCGCCGCGACGGUGAUAUGGGCGAUGAGCUUCCUUAUGAGGAACCCGGAAGCGAUGGUGAAAGCUCAGCGAGAAAUCCGCGACCACGUCAGAGGCAAAGGCGACGGUUCAGAUUUCGUCACGGAAGACGACAUCCCCCGCCUGCCGUACCUAAACGCCGUCAUCAAGGAAACGUUUCGGGUCCAGCCGGCGCUGCCGGUCCUGGUCCCGAGGGAGACGAACCACGACUGCAGCCUCGGCGGGUACGAGAUCGCGGCCGGGACCAUCGUCUACGUCAACGCGUUGGCGGUGGGUCGGGACCCGGAAGUGUGGGAGGACCCGCUCGCGUUUCGGCCCGAGCGGUUCGAAGGGAGGAAGAUCGACGUCAAGGGGCUGGACUACGAGCUGAUUCCGUUCGGUGCCGGGAGGAGGAUCUGCCCCGGGAUUCACCUGGGGAUGGCGGCGGUGGAGACGGCGCUGGCGAAUCUGCUCUACCGGUUCGAUUGGAAGACGCCGGCCGGGAUGAAGCCCGAGGAUAUUAAUGUGGAUCGGGUUUUGCCCGGGAUUGUGGUGGCGAAGGCCGACCCGCUUUGCCUCGUGCCCACAGACUACCUUGGGGGAAUUAACAAGUGAGAGGUUGUCCUUCUGGUUAAUUAGUUCUGUCCAUCUUUGAUUAUGUGUAACAAAAGCGCUUUAUUAGUUAAUUUCUGUCCGUUUAUUGUUGAACAAUUUGGAAUAAGCGGGAAUGUGAUUGUAUUCUAGAAGCAGUUAUUUAUACAUUAUAUAUUAUCUGUAAUAAUUAGUAUCGUUGUUUUACUUUUUAUCGUUCGAUUAUGUAUGUUACAUGUACAUUUUUUUUGUUAAGAAUAUUUAAAUUAUUUUCAUUUCUUUGAUGAAUUUAAUCAAUGACAAAAUUGGCUCGAUGAUGUCAUAUGGAGACUAAGGGUUCUUUUGUGAUUCAUGCAUAAUUAGUCUUUCAUGUCAUAUUGAUUCAAAUCAUGAUAGAACAGGUCGAGAACAAGGUGGGACGGAACUGGGUAAAUUAGUAGCAAUACUCAUCAUGUCCCUCCUCAUGUUACUGCGGGUGGUGGUAAUACCUGCCGCAAACAGGUCGAGACAGGUCAGGCCAUUUGGAUCCAUGGAUCAAUCCACCAAUUCAUAUGAUCUAAUCCAUGAAUCUACUAAUCCAUUUGAUCUAUUGAUCUACCCAUCCAAAUCCAUUAGUCCUUGAAACAAAUUAAUAUUGUCUAAAGGAUAUGCGUUUCUUAUUUAUGUUAUAUUUUCUCAUAUAAACUUCAACCAUAUACAACUAAAUCACUGUAUUAUUACAUACGCAUGUCAUGAAUGGUUAUUUACGAGUGUUAUGACCAUCAAGUAUACGUGUUCAACCAUUGAUAAAAAAAUUAUCAUACUUUCAAAAAUUGAGAAAUUUUCCAAUAUCGCCUUCAGGUCAUAUAAAAUUAAGCAUUUCAAUUAAUUUAAAUUCUUUGAAAUACACAAUAUAUUUACGUCAUAUUCAUAUGGCAUUCUGACCAAUAGUCGGAUACCAGUUGAUAUGCUGUGAAAUGCUUAUAAAAAAAAAAAGAAAAAAAAAACUUUGGAAGAUAGCAGAGCUGGGACACACUAAUUAAUCGGGGCCAAGUACGGAAAUGUUGGUCGGGCUUCUUUGGCUCGGCCAGGUUCGUAAAGUACGGGCAUAUUGGUCAUUGAAGCUUUGGCCGUUAUUAAUCUCGAAGUGAACUAAUUGUUUUUCACCAAUGUAACCGAUAUGAAAUUAAACAUCAAUGAGGUGUGAUAGUAUUAAUCAGGUUCACAAUUUAAUUGGUACUUGCUAUAAAAGAAAUUCUAUUUUCCUAUAUGAGAUCGAUUAAGAUUCUACAUUCGAUACUUUGAUAAAGCAUAUCAGUUUAUCUAUAUGUAGACCGAAAGGGUCUCGCUAGGGUUGUGAUUUGGCUUUGUUAUUCUUUUCAUUGAGUACAAGUUUACUAAUACUAAUACGAUAUAAAUUGAGCUAGACGAAUAAAAAGUAGGAAUUACAAUUUUGUCUAAACUCAUGACAUUGGUAUUUAGUUAUCCAAACUCACGAGAAUUACAAAUUUAAUUAUACCAAUAAAUUGUUGGUUACGUC